CUCCAUAUAAACGCACCACCCUGGAUGGCCCCUUCUUGAUUGUGACGACCCACGGGAGACGAGAGAGAUACUGCUACAGACUCGCGCGCGUAUCUUUCUUCUUUCUAUCCUAGCGAUCGGCACGAAGCUUUCGAGAUGUCGAGCGUCGCCGGAGGCGUGGUUGGGACGACGGCCGUGUUUUCGGGGGCCGGCGGCGGCGCGCCUCUUCACGUUCUCGCGGUGGACGACAGCUCCGUCGACCGCGCCGUCAUCUCCGGCAUCCUUCGCAGCUCUCGGUUCCGUGUGACGGCCGUGGAUAGCGGGAAGAGGGCCCUGGAGCUGCUAGGAUCGGAGCCCAAUGUGAGCAUGAUAAUUACGGAUUACUGGAUGCCGGAGAUGACGGGAUACGAGCUCCUAAAGAAGGUCAAGGAGUCAUCCACGUUGAAGCAGAUCCCCGUGGUGAUCAUGUCCUCGGAGAACGUGCCGACCAGGAUCAGCAGAUGCUUGGAGGAAGGCGCAGAGGAUUUCCUGAUGAAGCCCGUCCGGCCGUCGGACGUGUCGCGGGUGUUCAACCGGGUGCUCCCAUGAGAAGAGGCGGCGGCGGCAGCGGCGUUGGUGGGGAUGCGGUGAAACCAUUCGUUCACGCGUGCUUCCUUUUUUGGUCGCCUUGUGUCAUGUUUAAACAGAGAUGAUCUCGAGUGAAUUGCCAACAGUAUGUGUUCUUCGUUUUUGGUUUCAAGUGUCUUUCAGCCGGUCCAAAAGCAGUAGUAGUUAUCAGGCAAUUUGUUGGGUGGUGUGGCCUGUUCCUUGUUUUUUUUUCAAAUUAAGAUUACUUUACUUGUUUGGUUUUGGUUAGAGGAAAUUGAAGGCCUUAACAACAGUGUUCAUGAUCUCCUUAUAAACAACGCGAGGCAGUUCCGUUUCCCCUCUCUCGCUCGAGGCGAUACACGAGGCAGUUCCUAGGCCGGCACAGCCGCUGGCUCGCCUUCCCUCCGCUCGUUGCCCCAACGGCGGCGACAGGGUUUGGGAGCCCCGGUUUCUUUUGGCUCGUGUCUAGGUCUAGGCUAGUUUGUUCAGGUGCCGAUGUCUUUGUCAGG